CGACGACAACAUCAACAGAUCUAUUGAUGAAAAGCUCCAGGGACCAAUCAAUUGCUGAGCUUUCAUUGUCAAAAUGCCUGCGCCUGGCGAGCAACAUCUCAACUUGGGCGGCAGAACCAUAAUAAACCCCUUCGAAGAGGUGAGGCCAAGAGUCUCAGAGUAUACAGCCCAAGAAAUUGCCACUCUCCAGAGCCGACUGGAGAAGCAACUCGGACCCGAAUACAUAUCUUCGCGAGCAGGACCUUCUGGCCAAAAGGUCCAUUACUUAGCUGCUGAGAAGUGCAUCCAACUUGCCAAUGAAGUCUUUGGUUUCAAUGGCUGGUCUUCCCAGAUCAUGGACGUGCAAGUCGACUUUGUCGAUGAGCAUCCACAGACUCUCAAAAUCACACUGGGCCUCUCAGUCAUUGUCCGCGUAACUUUGAAGGAUGGGACGUUCCACGAAGAUAUCGGUUAUGGACAUAUUGAAAAUUGCAAGGGAAAGGCGGCGGCGUUCGAGAAAGCUAAGAAGGAGGGGACUACGGACGCUUUAAAGAGGGCGCUGAAGAAUUUUGGAAACGUGUUGGGCAAUUGUAUCUAUGACAAGGAGUAUCUGGCCAAGGUUACGAAGAUUAAGGUGGAGAAACCGAGGUGGGAUGUAGCAAACUUGCAUAGGCAUUCCGACCAUAUGCCCAUUAAGAAGGAGCAGCAGCCGGAGGGCCAGAAAGUAGGGGAGAAAGAGGGGAAGGGUGCUGAUGGGGCGAACAGGACAACUGAGGAUAUGUUGGAGGAUGAGUUUGGAGAUUUUGAUGAAGCAGAUUUUAGUGUCCCAGAUCCAGACUCACAUCCGGAUGAAAUAGUUCUUCCAGCACCACGAGAAGCCUCACAUAAUUCUAACAAUAUUCGAAACGGCAAUAAUACUUCAAGGCCUGCUCCAAAUAGGCCACCUCCAAAUCAUGAUAGACCUCCCGUCAAUCAUCAACCACCAAUGCGGCCGCCAAAUGGCGUGCCAAACAGCAAUGGAGCCAAUAUACCACAACCACAGACUCCCAAUAGUAGGUUCACAAGAUCUACAAGCGGAGCUGGCCAAGCCACGCGCCCCCCACAAGAUGCCCCCCGACCACCUCAACCCAAUCAGCCCAUAGUAGCAGGCCGAGUUCUCAAUCAACCGAGUCGGACCGGUCCCCCUUCUGCCCCGGUGUCCCCUUCACGGCUUAACAAACCCUCCAGCUCCGACGACAGCGACAGUACCAAUGUCCAACUACAAGGACCUGGCUUCUUUUCCGCGCGUGCAGCUGCUAUGGUUCCAGAGUCCGCUACCGGGGAUCCUUUACCCCCUUCACAUAUCUCGAACCUACCAGCAUUCAACCCGCACCUCGAAUCGCCAUCCAUACGAAAAACGCCUGGUAUCGACCAUAAGAGCUCGAAACCUUUAACCAAAGACUUGAAACAUGUACCCGGUUCUUCUCAGGCCAUGGCUCCUGGCCCAGGAGGCGUAGCUGGAAUGGGAAGGGGAAAUGUGAUGAAUCCGCAAAUGGACGCAGCGAGACGGAUUGGUGUCCCAGGGGCUGGUUUGCCUAGUCCAUUACAGAAUAGGGGGAGCUAUAAGCCUCCUACUAUGAAAAGACCUAUUGAGAGUGGAGGCGGGGGAAAUGCCAACAGAGCGCCGUUGGGGGAUUUGCCUGCCAAUGGACCGAUUGGUGCCGGCGAUGGAGGAGGGGGGGAUGUCAAGAGACAGAGAUUGAAUGGUUAGUUGUGGAGAAGAUAAGAGUCGGGUCAUAUGAGAACAGGGAUUCUGGAGCGGAGUUUCGGAGUGUUAUUGUUACCAGAUUGUCCGCUUGGAAUGGGGAGGGGAGUCUGGGGCGUCAGAAGGGAAGAAGGGAAGGAAUUAUGUCCCAGCAUCAUGGCUUUGGAAUUACCUCUUAUGCAUCAGUAGCUUGGCGGGUUGGAAUGAUAGAUUGCACAUUUGCUCAGUCCAAGGCACCUCGAUAUAACCCA